AUGCUUUGCCUGUCUUUUCUGCAAAGAGCGCAUACUCACACGCCUUUACCAUUUUUCUCCAAACCCGUAAUUAUAGAAGAUCAGUCUACGUCGAACACUGGAAUGCCCUCUAAAUCGAUCAUAGAAGAAAGUAACCCCCGAAAAAGAAAAAAAACUCACAAAGGAACAAGUGAGCAAAGGAAAAAGCCAAAGAAAGGAAUAGCUACAAAUGAUGCGAACAAAAAACAAAUUAACUCCCCCUUGGCCCCCUUUCUGAUCAUUUUAGCCGUCUUGCCGGAAGAACAACCCGCACCCAGUGGCACAUAUAGGAGCGUAGAUGUAGAUGCAGAAGAACCUAGAGCAACCACCAGUAGCCACUACAACAGAUUGUUCAAAAAAAAAGCCAAGAAAUCAAAAGAAUUAAUUAACAGUUACUUGGACAGCAUAUUAGACAGUGAUGUGUUAAUGUAUUACGAACAGGAUGCGGGAAGCAUACACAGUGAGGACAUCGAUGUCGAAAAUAUAUCCGACGAGUUGUGUAUACAAACUUACGUCAUGUCCGCACAUUUAAUGGUGUAUGGUGAUGAAUUUCAGAGGAAAAAUGCCUAUAUGAGUAUAUGCAGAGAUUGCUAUCAUUUUUUCGUGAAUAUGAAGGAGUGCCUAGAUAAUUCGAUUAACAUGUCCAUAAAGAAUGAUAGCGAGACGGAAACAGAAAUUAAGGUGCCCUUGUUAGGCCUGAAGUAUGAGAAAUCAGGAAAGUCAAACCAGUCCCUUGUCGUCAACUUCCCGGUGACGUACAUCCUGUCAAAGUUAAUGUCAAGCUUAGUCACCAUGGAAUCAUACAAUUCGAAAAACAUAGCAGCAACCUGUGAUAUUUUGCGAAAGAAAUUAGAAAGACAGAUAAAUGAGAGGCUUGUGAAGUUUCCAAACGAAAUGGGUAUUUUCUCCGACUACAUAUCAUCGUAUAGUGAUAAUUUUAAGAAUGAGAUGAGUAGAAACGUAACGGAUAUGCCGAACUCACCGCACAGUUGUGAAGCGUUGUUGAAGUUAUUUGAAUAUAUGGAUAAGUUAACUUUCACCUUGGUAAACAAGUCUGGCAAAAAAUAUUUGGAAAACCAGAAAAGUAAAAAAAGAAUGGAAAGUUUUGUUUUCUCCAUUUUCAAUUUUAAGCACAGAGAAUCUGAUACAAGUGUGCAUAUUAAAAUGAUAUGCGAUUUUUCCUAUACCAUUUAUGACGUCAUAGAAAGGAUUAAAAAAUUGUACAAUGAAGAAGUCAGAUCUUUUUUUUUAGAAGAUUUGGAGACCCCUGAGUUGUUCUUCUUACGAAAUAAUUCAUACAUAAAAAAUAUCUGCUCCAUAAAUAUAAUUGCAACCAUCUCUUGGUUUUUCAAUCAAGUGAAUAUGGGAAUAUACAACAAGAACAAAACGGUUCUGGAAUUAUUUGUGGAAAAAUUUUCAUCUCAAAAUAUUGAGAAGAUAGUAGAAAUGAAAAAUAUCAAGAAGAAUGUGCCAAAAAAAUACGUCACCGAUUUAUGCGUUAAGACAAUGACAGAGAGGGUUGAUAUGGUCCGCUCGAUCUUGCUUGCUUACGACAAGGAGAAAUUAUCAAAACUUGAUGAAGAAAUAGAUGCGCUGGAAAAAGCACGAGACGAAUCGUCCGAUAGGGAUACAAUCAGACCGCCCAGUCCAGCGAGUUCAUCAGAUGCAGGUACAAUUAGAUCCCCAAGUUCAGCAAGCUCAUCCGAUGAAGACACAUCAACAGAGCAAAGUCCAGCUAAUUCAUCCACUGGAGACACACUCAGAGUGCAAAGUCCAACUAAUUUAUCCACUGGAGAUACACCCAAAGUACAAAGUCCAGCUAAUUCAUCCAAUGGAGAUGACCCCCAAACUUCGAACCCCAAACCAAUGCCACCCCUACCUGUACCAUUAUCAUCCCCAGUGGCACACAUGUCUGACACCUCAUCAACUUCAUCUUUGUCCCCAUCACCACCCCCACCUCGAAAUGAGAUAACAAAAAAGUUUACCUUCUCCAACAUAAUUAAAUACGCUGAGAUGUCCCUUCUAAAGCAAAGGCUAAAUGAACUUCUCCUAGAAGAUACGUCAGACCAUGGCAGCAGUUACGAAUCCAAUAAUGAUAGACAGAGUUUACAGAGGAACCUUUGGGAGAGGGAAAAUUUUAUUUGUUUAAUGAAAAUAUUCUCAAGUAAGAUGAAUUAUCAGCUCUCUGGAUUACAAAAUUCCUUCCUACAAAAGCUUACACUUGAGAAUUAUAAAUUGUAUACAGUUUUAAAGAGACCCCUUGAUUAUAGAGAACACAUGUACUUUUGCACCUUUGCCGGGGAGUACUUGAUUAACAAAAUAGUCUCCUCGAAGUUUUUUUUCAUGAUUAAUAUUUACAAGUAA